GCUACCCUAAACUGAUGUUGCUGCCCCAGGCUUCCAAGUGCUAGAAUUACAGAUUGACCUUGCUGAUACAGAGGCAACUUCCCAGGAGCUGCUAAGAUGGGCAUGAGGAUCAAACUGCAAAGCAGCAACCACCCCAACAACCUGCUGAAGGAACUCAACAAGUGCCGGCUGUCAGAGACCAUGUGCGAUGUCACCAUUGUGGUGGGGAGCCGCUCCUUCCCUGCCCACAAAGCCGUGCUGGCUUGUGCCGCUGGUUACUUCCAGAACCUCUUCUUAAACACCGGGCUAGAUGCUGCCCGCACCUAUGUGGUGGACUUCAUUACUCCCGCCAACUUUGAGAAGAUCCUGAGCUUUGUGUACACAUCGGAGCUCUUCACAGACCUGAUCAACGUUGGGGUCAUCUAUGAGGUCGCUGAGCGUCUGGGUAUGGAGGACCUCCUCCGAGCCUGCCAUUCCACUUUCCCUGACCUAGAGAGCACCACGAUCGCUAAGUCCUUGACCAGCACCAGUGACAGCCCGUGUGUCACUCUGAGUUGUCCUUCAGUUGAUCCCACCCACCCCCUGGGAGAGCUCCGGGGGAGUGGGGAACACUUUGGUCCCGAUAGAAACUACGCACUGCCUACUGAUGCAGGAGGAAGCUAUAAAGAGGAAGAGCGGGCUAUCGCGGGCGACACUAAUCAUAGCUUGCCUCUGCCACAACUACCACUGCCACCAAAGUCAGAAGACCACGACGCCCCUGUUCCCUUCACUUCUGUUCCUAGUAUGGUGACCCCACCACCAGUCCUAGGCACGGUCAGCACAGGCAUCCAGACCAGCACCACGAGUUCUUGCCAGCCAUACAAAGUUCAAAGCAAUGGAGACUUCGGAAAAAGCAACUUCUUCACCUCGGAUAAUGCUGUAGACAUUACACCCCAGACCAAUCCCUGUUUGAGCAAUAACGACCAGGCCAGAGACCCAGGCUUUGGGCAGAUGGAUGAGCUCCAGCUGGAGGACUUGGGGGACGAGGAUCUGCAGUUUGAGGACCCAGCUGAAGACCUCGGGACCACCGAGGAGGUGAUUGAGUUGAGCGAUGACAGCGAGGAUGACCUGGCUUUCGGUGACAGUGACAACCGGGAGAAUAAGGCCAUGCCUUGCCAGGUAUGCAAGAAAGUCCUAGAGCCCAACAUCCAGCUGAUAAGGCAGCAUGCUCGGGACCACGUAGACUUGCUCACGGGCAACUGCAAGGUGUGCGAGACCCACUUCCAGGACCGAAACUCCCGGGUGACCCAUGUCCUGUCUCACAUUGGCAUUUUCCUGUUUUCCUGCGACAUGUGUGAGACAAAGUUCUUCACCCAGUGGCAGCUGACCCUGCACCGGCGGGAUGGAAUAUUUGAGAACAAUGUUAUUGUCCACCCUAACGAACCCCUGUCUGGGAAGCUGGGUCUCUUCCCAGGGGCAGCCUCCCCAGAGUUGAAAUGCGCUGCCUGUGGGAAAGCGUUGGCCAAAGAUUUCCAUGUGGUCCGUGGCCACAUCCUGGAGCAUGUGAGUUUGAAGGGCCAGGCCUGUAGUGUCUGCGAUCAGCGCCACCUCAACCUAUGCAGCCUCAUGUGGCACACGCUCUCCCAUCUGGGCAUUUCCGUCUUCUCCUGUUCUGUCUGUGCCAGUAGUUUUGUAGACUGGCACCUUCUAGAGAAGCACAUGGCUGUGCACCAGAGCCUGGAGGACGUCCUGUUCCGCUGCCACUUAUGCAGCCAGAGCUUCAGGUCUGAGGCAGCCUACCGCUACCACGUCAGCCAGCACAAGUGUAGCAGUGGCCUUGACCCACGGCCCGCUGUGGGGCUACCACACCUAGCCCUCCAGAAGCGGAAGCUGCCCGCUGAGGAAUUUCUGAGUGAGGAGCUGGCUCUGCAGGGCCAACCAGGGAAUAGUAAGUACAGCUGCAAGGUCUGUGGCAAAAGGUUCGCCCACACAAGCGAGUUCAACUACCACCGACGGAUCCACACAGGCGAGAAACCUUACCAGUGCAAGGUUUGCCACAAAUUCUUCCGAGGUCGCUCGACCAUCAAGUGCCACCUCAAGACGCACUCAGGGGCACUCAUGUACCGCUGCACCGUCUGUGGCCACUACAGUUCCACCCUUAACCUUAUGAGUAAACAUGUCGGUGUGCACAAAGGCAGCCUCCCACCUGACUUCACCAUCGAGCAGACCUUCAUGUACAUUAUACAUUCCAAAGAGGCUGAAAAGAACCCGGACAGCUGACUGGGAACCCGCAGAGCCCGAGGGAGCUCCCAGGUGGCCGCCGGGAUAGUGAUUUUCUAAAGGCUGUCGGUCCUUCCCCAGCUGAUGCUACAGUUUGCCUUGUUUGUGUUGUGUUGAGAGAAGAAAUAGCACAUAAGCUGUUACUGCUUUUUAAAGGCAACAGCCCUGUUACAUUUACCUCCUUACCUGUUCUCGCCCACAGAGGGCUGCCUUUGAUGAUUUUUUGAGGCUGGCUUUUAGGAUCUAGUCAAGCAGCCGGGUUAAACUAGGUCCCCUUCGCCGGUUUCUCUAGUUUUAGUUUACUGAUAGGUUUUAUGCUGCUAAGAGUCUGACCAACAGCCUCACUCGAUGGGGUUUUCACUGUGGCUGUGACUGCCAGUCUUUGGCCAGACCACAGCUGUGAGGAGGUUUGGGGAUUGUGGUUGUUCAGAAGGGACUAGCAGCAGGGCAGUUCAUGUCGGGUACCCACGCCUCCUCAGCAGGGGCAAGGUGUCAGGAGCGGAGGGCACUACUUGCUCCACACCUCGGCUCUCCUGAUUGGACGAUUGAACGGUGGAAGUCUCUUGGCAGCUAGAUCCAAACUGGGGACCAGGCUUUCUGUUUAGGUUGGAAAGCUUUGGGGUACCCCAUGGUGCCACCAGACGGGGCAGCCUCCAUGGAUGGAAGAAGGGCUCUUCCUUUCUCCUCAUUUCCAAAGAAGUGCGGUUUUGUAGAGCGAUAACCCUGGACGUCAAACCUUCUGUCAAGAGCAGGGAGGACAGAGAGCCGCCUCAGUGUAGUCGUCUGCCAUCUGGCUACCUCCGUAACCUUCCGUCUCCUGGGCAUGGAGGAGAGGUCUCAGACAGCAGCAGUCUUGCCUUAAUUUACAUCGAGUCUCCCACUCAGGACGGUUUAACCUACAGUGUAGAUAAGAAGACCAUGUGAGUUUGUGGUGGAGCAUGAGCCCUUCUGGAUUAAAGAAACCUGCAUCACCGGUGACUGCAUGGCAGGGUGUGCAUUCCGACUGUCCCAGUUGGGUAACUUGUUUACUUGGUGGUAACAGUGUGGGAGCUUGGCAGUUCACCUUUGACCUGCUGGAAUUAUCCUGAUCUGUCAUUGCAUCACCCCCAGGGGGCGCUCUUGGAUGGUAGCUGGCUUAGGCCUUCUGCGCAGCUGUUUGGCUCCAUUCUUAGUCUAUGAAGGGGUCUUGCCCAAAAGAGGCUGGAGAGGACCCUUGAUCUUGCAUACUUAUAAGUAGCUCAUACUACCUCACCCUGCUCAGGUGAGCUCUAAGUCCCGAAUUUUGGGCCCAGCCACCGACACUGCCCCCCGGUGGGACUCAGCCACACUCUGGGCUGUUUCAUAAACAAGUGGUUUUAAUUAACUCACAAAGCCUUUCUAGACAUUAAUAUUUAUUUUAUUAUUAUUAUUAUUUUGUUUUGUAUACGUACUACCCAGCAUCUCUUUUCGAUAAAUGACUUUAGGAAAAUGAGUUUCUCAAGCAAGGAGCCACAUUCCAGCAGAGGGUUAUGGCUGCAGAGGGGAGAACAGGGGUGUAACUAGGAGAGAGAGUGCCAGGCCUUUUAAGCAGCACAGUUUCUCCAAGCAUAGUCUCUAGCGGAGCAAACUCAGAUCAGUCACAGGAAGAAGGUGUUUGCACAGUUUUUUAUCCUUCCGACAUAGGGAGCAUCCUAUCCCUAUAUAUUAAGACACAGAGGCAAACCAAAGCAGUAUACAGUUGGGCUGGCCGGCUGCCUCUUUCCCAGGGCUUUGAACUGAGAAAGCCGGUGAGUUGGUGCCAAGACCUUCCUGAGCCGAAUGAUGCAGCUCAAACAUCCCUCCCCAUCUGAACGUGGUGUUUUCACAGGGAAGAGGUUGCUGUCGCUUUUAGUUUCUGACUUACAGUUUACACUGGGGAUGUGUAUCACACUACAACGACAGAUCUGCUGGAAUUUCUAAGCUUCCCUUCCCUAGAUUGCUGCCGAGGAGUGAGUACCGAAUGGUUGCUGAGAUCGGAGAAACCCUUUUCCUUAGCAUAAGGCAUUGUGGAUGCUGGGUGGUCCGUGUACUUAACUUGAAACUGUGAAGUUUUCCCUUUUUGCCAUAAACCAAAAAGCAGAUCCUUUGAAGUUUUGCCCUUGGAACACUAAAACACAAACUGUAUCUUCUGAUCCCUUCAGGUUAAUUGAUCAGGGAGGUCCAGUUGGUCCCGUUAGACAGGCAGCCAUUGGGACCAGUAGCUCAGGAGGCUCAUUGCCCAAACCAUGCCUCUUUGGGUAGCCCCCUUCGGACCAGUCUCCCCUUCUGUGUGAAGUUGUAUUUGCUUUCCCUGCAGCUAGUUCUUCCUUCUCUUGAUGAGAUUUACUCAAAACAUUACUUGGUAGUGAAGGGUGCUCCAGGACCCCUGAUGGGAGGUGUUAACUUCAUUUUGCAUUUUUAACUUAGCACCCAUUUGAUUUCAUGCCCCCUUCAUCCCUGGAUUCCCACUAGUACUAUUUCCUGCUGUAUCACAGUAGAAUUCUCUCUGACCUUUGAAUGCUCUGUCUUUGUUUGUUCCCCGUCCCCUGCCUUUUAUUUUAUUUUUUGGUCUGCACUCAGAACCAGCUGUACAGUGUUCAGAACUGUCGUUCAACAAUUAUUAGGAGUAUCUAGUUGGCUAUUUGAAGGACAUUAAGCCGGACUUGGGGACAUCCCUGGCUCAUUUCUAAGGGGAAAUUACAAUGUUGAUGUGGCACACUGGCAUUAACAGCAUGUGCUGCUUGUGGCCAGAGGAUGUGUCCACACAGCUGGUGUCCCCUGACAGCUCCAUGAUGCCAGGGCAUCAGAAAGCCCUACUGAACGAACCCUGGUAUUUGGUUCUAAAUUUUAAGAUUCUGUGGAGUUCCUACACUUCGUGGCCAGUUGGGAAGAAAAGAGGUGUUGGUGGGGUCAGGUGACCCUAAGAACAGGAAAGACAUAGGCGAGAAUUACUUUUGACUUUAUUGUGACCUAUCCCCAGCCCCUUGUCUACAGGGCAAACCUGUAAGCCUCAGAACUUUUCACCCAGGCAGGACUUUGCUACUGAUUAUCUUCCUUUUCUGGCUUCCUGCUGUGCUCUCUCCACCAAACCCUAGACUACUCAACCUUGAAAGUGAAUUCAGAUCCCUUUAUACAUGGACUCUGAAUUCGUUGGCAUGGGAGUGGGCCCUAUGAAGUGGUCUCUGCCUGGCUGGGAGUGUGUACACGUCCCAGUCAUAUCAGAUGAGACCGAAAGUGGGUGCACGUAUACAUCUCCGGUGAUGGUACGUCAUGAUCAGUGUCUAAGAAGAUGCCCCCUGUGGCAGUGACCCUGACAUUUCCCCUCUGCCAGUCCCCCCCACCCCAGCUGGAGUAGCUCAAGUCUCCUGUGAAACAGAGAAGCCGUUGCUGUCUAACUCCUUCCAUUAAAUUAAGUACUGACCUCCUAAUAUUUAAGUGUUUACUAUCUGCUGUAAAGUUUUGUAUAUUUUGUAAACCUUUCCCUCCCCAAAACAGUAGACGUCUAAAAUCGUACAUCUGAUUCUUUUCUAUUCCAUUGUUCAGCACAAAGUGUGGUUUUUAUUUAGAAUAAAAAAAGAGAGAUGGAGGGGAAAGAAA